UUUCCCAAAGACUUCACGACGUAAAAAAGAAAAAAAAAAAAAAAAAAAAAGAACCAUCCCUCCGCCUUCUUCCUCACAAACAAUAAAUGGAAUCGAUGUCUGUUAUAUCCGAAGGGCUUCCCGUCACGCGCCAUUAUAUGGAAUUUUCAUGGCCAGAUGGUGGUGAAAAAUAAUGAUAUUGUUAUGAAUUUGGAAACAGUAUUGAUGGACUUGCAGAAUGCAGUUAUAUCACAGCUUAAGAUAACUUUUAAGUUUAGGACUUUACUUAAUCGUCUCUUAAAUACUUUAAGAAACAUUGACUCAAAUUUUUAUGGGAGAUUGACCAAAGUGGUAAACCGUCCCGAAAACGAGACGAAAAUGUUCAUUUUUUAUGUGGAAUAUGGGAAACAAGUGGUGAUGGAAUGUUCAAGGAUCAAAUGCUGGAAUGUUUACAAGAAAUUCGUCCACGCGAAUAACCUCAUUCGUUUGGACAACGAGUUGUUGUGGUUUUUCCAAAUUGAUGUAAGUACGAGUGCGAGUAUGAGGAGUUUGAUUGAGAUUUAUGCAUUGGGAGAGAAAAUGGACCAGGUGCUUUCGUUGGUUCAGAAACGGGCGGGUGGGUUCUCGGGCUCUUCCUCUGUUCCUGGGGUUCCGGAUGUUGUAAUUGGGUUGGAUUUUCAUCUGCAAGAAGUGAAACGCGCGUUGCUUAGAGACGACAACCAGGUUUUGACGGUUUCAGCUCCUGGAGGGUGUGGGAAGACUACAUUAGCAAAAAUGCUUUGUCAUGAUAAUGAAAUUAAAGGCAUUUUUGGGGAAAAGAUAUAUUUUGUUACUGUUUCUAGAACGACCUCCCUUAAGACUAUUGUCCAAAAACUCUUUGCCUAUCAUCUUAAUGUACAACAGCGUGAGUUUCAAACUGAUGAAGAGGCGAAGAACCAACUUGAGAUCAUGUUGAGACAAGUGGGAUCAAAGAUUUUACUUGUUUUGGAUGAUGUGUGGUCUGAAUCUGAAUCACUUAUUCAGGAUCUCAAGUUCCCAAUUCCAGGAUACAAAAUAUUGGUCACAUCAAGGUUUUUGUUAUCAAGAAUUGGCUUAAUCUACAAAUUGGGCUUGCUAAAUGAUGAAGAUGCAAAAACGCUAUUUUGCAGGUUGGCAUUUCCUUACAAUGGGAAGUUCAUUAAUGUUCCAGAUGAUCUUGUGAGCAAGAUGGUCAAAUGCUGCAAGGGCUUUCCGUUGGCCCUUACGGUGAUUGGUGCAUCGUUACGUGGUCAGAGUAUGCUCAAAUGGAGGUCAACUUUGAAGAAAUGGUCUGAAGGUCAAUCGAUUUUUGAUUCAAGCAGUCGUUUGUUGCUUAGUCUUCAAUCCAGUGUUGAUGAACUUGAAUAUAUGCCAAUAGCCCGGGACUGUUUCCUAGAUUUGGGAUCAUUUCCUGAAGAUGAAAAGAUUGCAGCGUCUGCUCUUGUUGAUAUGUGGGUCGAGUUAUACAAUCUAGACGAAGAAGGAAUGUUUACCAUUGAAUACCUUCUUGAGCUUUCUUCAAGAAAUCUUUUAAGUCUUGUUCCCACAAGGAAAGAUGCUAGUGAACUAGAAGGUUAUUGUAACGAGCAUUAUGUCACUCAACACGAUCUGCUGAGAGAAUUAGCGAUUCAUCUGAGUAGCCGAGACCCAAUAGCACAAAGAAAACGAUUGUUGAUCGAAAUUCAUGGGAAUGACAUACCCACAUGGUGGAUUGAACAAACACAACAACCCAUAGCUAUCCGCCUCUUGUCCAUAACAACAGAUGAAUCAUUUUCUUCUAGUUGGUAUGACUUAGAAGCACCAAGAGUCGAAGCUUUGAUAUUGAACCUACGAAGUCAAAAAUAUGCAUUGCCCCAUUUUAUCAGAGGAAUGAACCAAUUGAAGGUUCUAAAUAUCUCAAGCUGCGGGAUCUAUCCUUCUGAGCUACAAGAACUUCCCUUGAUUAGCUAUCUACCCAACUUAAGAAGAAUGAGAUUCGAACACGUCUCGCUUUCGCCAUCAAUCCAAUCCAUGUUUCAGCUGAAGAACUUGCACAAGCUUUCCUUUAUCAUGUGUGAGAUUGGCAAUGCUUUAGAGAGUGUUAAUGUCGACUCUCUUCCUAUGCUACCAAAUCUUGUUGACCUUGAAAUCGACCGUUGUUAUAAUUUGAAAGAAGUACCAGCUGGACUAUGUAGUCUUGAUCAUCUUGAGAAACUUAGCAUCACUAACUGCCAUGAGCUCGACGCUCUUCCUAAAGGUUUGGGGAGUUUGUCAAAUUUGGAAAUACUAAAACUUCAUUCUUGUACAAGAUUAGCCAGGUUACCCAGUUCUAUUGGGAGCCUCCAUAAUUUGGCCUUACUUGAUAUAUCUGAUUGUUUGAGUAUAAGCUCACUGCCUGAUCAGAUUGGCGAGCUAAAUGGACUAAGAGUACUCAAGAUGAGCGGUUGUCAUGGAUUAGAAGAAUUACCAGAUUCUGUGACUCGUUUGUCGUCGUUACAGGAUGUGAUAUGUGACGAGGAGACAUCUUAUCUAUGGAGCUAUUAUGAGACCGAUCUAUGUGAUUUGAAGAUAAAUGUUGUUGAAGAAGACCGAUUUGCAAGCUUUAUGAAAAUAGUUGCCACUUAGAGGGAUUGUAAGGCCUCUUUCAUUAAGAAGUUAUUCCUCACUGUCACGUCAGCUUUUCUCUCUUCUAGACACACCUAAUUACUACACACUCACAAUAAGGUCUUUUCUUCACCUCUUCCUUCAUUCGCUUUUUCUCCCAGCCCCACAUGAUUCUCGUCGAUUGGUUUAGAAAUUGUGAAGGCACACGACGAAGAGCCAUCGACCAGCCGCUAUCACUAACUUCCUCAGUUCCUCUUCGACGAGCUUGUCGAAAAGGCAUCAACGAGCAUUGCUAAGAGUGGCCUAAUGGUCACACUACCACACCAAGCAGGUGGUAAGCUACAUCUGUGUCACAACAGCAUCACGUGACAAAUACACCACUUCCGUAACAGAAACCCCAAAAAAAACUAGACGUGUAGACCCCACAGUACCCACUAUCCAAUACAAAAAGACAUUUACCUCCAUACAAUCUGAACUCCCCAACCUCAAUCCGGCUUGGACACAGGUAAUCAGGACAAAGCGGGAACUGUGGGGUCUAGACGCCGUCGGGUGUCGUCAUUGGCCUGCAUAUAGUUGAAGUACACCCGACGCCAGCGUUGAAGGCCAAUGACACCGUCCCCCCUAUAACCAUUACAAACACUCUCAAGGCCAACAACCCACUUUUUAUUUUUCACCCUACUAGGAUUAGGACUAGCUCAGAGUUGUACUAACCAGGACUGGUUAGGACUGGGUGGCAGAAUGAACCUCCUAUCAAGGAUAAUUGAGCAUUUACCACAUCACAGUAAGAAAAGGUCAUCAUGUGUACAUAUAGUAUUCCAUUUUACUUUAAAUCUGUAGUUAUGUUUUAAUGUUUGCAUCUGGUACUUUGUAUGUCGUAA